AGGCUGAGGGCCGGGCGCUCUGCAUGUCCACUGCGAAGAUCCAGUGCAUGGAUAAAAGUAUAACACACCAAGUGAAAAAGCCUGAGCACAUUUCAAGGCCAGAUUUACACACGUGACCCAGUUGCAUGACAUCACACAUGGGUGGAUGGAGUGCACUGUCUCUGCCCACCCACGGAGGGUCCCAAGAAUGGAAAGCAUUUUUAGGUAAAGAUAGAGAAAAUGAAAAAGAGAAGAAAUCAGUGAUCUGUGUUGAGGGCAAUAUUGCAAGUGGGAAGACGACGUGCCUGGAAUUCUUCUCGAAUACAACAGAUGUUGAGGUGUUAAUGGAGCCUGUGCCCAAGUGGAGAAAUGUCCGAGGCCACAAUCCUCUGGGUCUGAUGUACCGUGAUGCCUGUCGCUGGGGCCUCACGCUGCAGACAUACGUGCAGCUCACCAUGCUGGACCAGCACACUCGUCCUCAGAUGUCACCAGUACGACUGAUGGAGAGGUCGAUUCAUAGCGCAAGAUACAUUUUUGUAGAAAACCUUUAUAAAAGUGGGAAGAUGCCCGAAGUGGACUAUGUGAUUCUGUGUGAAUGGUUUGACUGGAUUGUAAAGAACAUGAAUGUCUCUGUUGACCUGAUAGUUUAUCUCCGGACAACUCCUGAGACCUGUUACCAGAGAUUGAAGAUGAGGUGUAGGGAAGAGGAGAAGGUCAUUCCGCUGGAGUACCUGGAGGCCAUUCACCAACUCUAUGAGGAGUGGCUGGUCACAGGAAGCCUCUUCCCUGUGGCAGCCCCUGUUCUGGUGAUUGAGGCAGACCACAACAUGGAGAAGGUGUUACAAGUACUUGAACAAAACCGGGCCCGGAUAUUAGCACCACAGAAUUGGAAGCACGGCCCUUAGGACGGGAGAGGUCUGUGGGGUCGGGCCAGGAACAUGCCCACAGCUGCCAAGUCAGCUGUUAGGAAGAAUUUCGAACAAUCUGCUGUAACAAGGCCUUUUAUCUGGCCAGAUCUAAUUCCUGAUGGUCCUUUCUCCUUGGCCUCUGUCUUCAUCACGGGUCUGUGGCCCUUGUGGGUAGAUGACAAAUGGGACCAAUAUGUUUGUCGCCCUUCGGUGUGUGUAGCCUGUAUUCCCCUAGUGGCUUCCCACUACUGGAUCCCUCUGCUGAACUCCUUAGGAACAGCUCCUGCUCUGCCUGACCCUGUGCUGGGGUCUGUGCCUGUCAGUCACUCAGGGGAGCGAGGGAGGGGCCUUACAUCUCAGGCGAGGAAUUCGAAGUUCACAGAGAUUAAAGACUCCUCAGGGUCACACAGCCAGUGAGCCAUGAAGCUGAUAGCAUUCAUACUUUUGGUCCAGGCUGAGAGAUGGUCCCUAAAGCCUGCCCUUCCCUGCCCCUUCUCUGUGGGGCGAGCUGGCAGUGCAUCCUCCCAUCACUGAGCAGUGCUCAAGGACAAUCGGGAUUUCUAGCUGUUCGGCUUGAGCCCAACAUUAAAUGGUUUCACAGCACGAAAGCACUGUGGCCUGUACCCGUUGUCAGCUGGACGUUAGUGGUCACAGGAGAAUCACACGUGGACUCCUGAAUGGUGCCCAGACUCCUUGGGGAUGAAGGUCCUGCCUAAACCGCCCCCGGUGCCACAUCAGGGAAGUAGUGUUUGGGGCCUGGCCAGUUUGCCUAGUGCUAAGCUAGGCCAGGGGUGGCCAACGCAGCCAGUCCUGGCUUCUGAGGCUCUCUUCCUGUGUGCUUGUGUGAGGAACUUUGCUCUUGGAAUUACUUAGCACUUACGGUCCACAGAGAGAGGCACAAGUGGCCUUAAGUCUUUUUGAAAGGUUUUUCCAUCCAGGGGGAAAUCCUGAGCCACAGAGCAUGAAACCAUCUUUUCAGGUUCAGAAGAUAUUAUACUUCGAUCAGCUGUGACAAGGCACCGAAGGCCCAUCUGCCUCUUCCAAGUAGAAAUCAGAGGAAGAAAGACCAUUCUAUGGGAGCGGUCUGAACAGCAAAGUCGGGGUUUGCAAACAGAGGCUCUGGAAGCUUUGCUGGAGGUGGGCAGAGGGCACGUGAAGACUGGGCAUGAACACGGGUGUUACUGACUCUGGAGGAGCACAGCUGCGGGCAGUCAGCUGUGAACAAAGGUUACCUCUCCCACCCCCUGAGUGUGGACUCACGUGCCUCUCCACGUGCCGGGAGGGCCAGUCUCAGACAGUGCGAAGAGGUCAAGGACGCCAGCUCCUAGUCCUUCCUGUUUGGGCCAGUUCUUGGGCCUCGUCGGCUGAAUGAGGCACAGCAACCAAGGGCAGCGUGGGGACUGUGUCCGUCAGCACCUGUCACCCUGUGCUGGUGAUUAACCAGAAAACUGGAGAAGUCAGGCACCUUUGCUGUCAGGAAUCUUGACAUGCCGGGGCAGUUUUUGGGAGUUUGUAAAUGAACAGUGCAAUACUUGGCUCUUGGCUCAAUUGUAAAUGAGCAGUGCAAUAUCUUCUCCUUGGCUCGAUUUGAGCAUCUGUUUUGGGGAGAAAUGUAAUUUUAUCAUUGUGAUAAUCAAUAAAUCCUUCACCUAAAUCUUAAUGUUAA